UGCAGCUGCUGCUGCGGUUGCUGUUGCAACUUGUGGUGCUGCUGUUGCUGCCGGUUGAUAAUGGUGGUGCUACUGUUGCAGUAAAUAAUAUUUAUUUAUUCGUUUAUGUAAUUUUUUUCUUUUUUUUUGUAAUACCACUGUCCACUAAAUACUAACAAUGUCCGUGUAAACGCCUCUACUACCACCACUACUACUACUACUACUACUACUACCACCACCACCGCUGCUGCCGGCACUUCUGCGACUAUUAUCAGUUCCGCUACUAAUACAACAUCUGCUACUACUGCGACGACGAAGACAACUACUACUAUUAAUACUAUUAUUAUUAUUAUUAUUAUUAUUAUUAUUAUUAUUACUGUUACUACUGCUGCUUCUACUACUACUACUACUACUACUACUACUACUACUACUGUUGCUGCUGCUGUUUCUGUUAUUACGGCCAGUGAACUGGUGUCCUGCUGUGCAUCCGCGUCAUCUUCGGCAAGGACGCCAAUUUGUCCUGUUCGGGUUAGAAAAGACCUUAGUUACCAUGCAAACGUCACUGCAGAAACAACAGUCUGCCAGUCUAUAGAAUCAUGUCACGGAGACCAGAGUUUGUUGGAAUCAACCUGUUGAAAGAAAUUCAUAUAAUUGCUUCAAAGCUGCAACAUACGGAAUAUCAAAGCCGAGCAUGGAAAUGCCACAACGAAAGAUUCCGAAAUAUCAUCUUCGAAAUUUUUUCCCAUGGUCUCAAAUGGCUGACAAAGAAAAGAUGCUUUUGGGGAUUAGUCGAAGAGUUGACUCACUCAGAGGUAGUGAACGACAUCAAGAAAUACUCUGGUUCCAAAGAGUACAGACAAUGGUGUAUGUUUUCUAGCACUACAUUAUCAAAUGUUUCAUUCCUUCAUUUAAGUCUCUGUGGUGUGAUUUUAUAA